AUUUAUUUCCUCUUUUUUCUCACUCCACGUACUCCGCGCUCCAUCCUCGCCGCGUGUGGCCAUGGCUCGCGCGACCUGCCUCUGCCCUUCGUCGCUCUCCCGCGCUCUUCUCCCCAUUCUCUAUCACCGAACCACCCUCUCCUCUUCAGUUUUCGGGCAAAACCGCUUCGGCUCCGCCGUGCGGCGCAGAUACUCUACGAACCAGACCAGAUUUCACGUCGCUCCAGUUCAGGCCAAGGCCAAGCGAGGUUUGACCUCCAAACCAGAGGAAGUAGCUUCCGUUGAGGAUCUUCAAUUUGAUGUGCCACUCAAAAUCGUGGAAUAUCCAGAUCCAAAAUUGAGAGUGAGAAAUAAGAGAAUCGAGACAUUUGACGACAAUUUGAAGAAGUUAGUUGAUGAGAUGUUCAAAGUUAUGUACAAAACUGAUGGAUAUGGGCUCUCAGCACCCCAAGUAGGAGUUAAUGUUCAACUAAUGGUGUUUAAUCCAGCUGGUGAGGAGGGUGAAGGGCAGGAAAUUGUCCUUGUAAACCCAAAAGUUAACAAAUAUUCAAAGAAGACACGGAUCUUUAAUGAAGGGUGCCUCUCUUUUCCAGGGAUCUAUGCUGAUGUAGAGAGACCAGAAUCUCUAAAGAUUGACGCACAAGAUGUACAUGGUGCCAGGUUUACAGUUGACAUGUCAGGUUUUACUGCACGGAUAUUCCAGCAUGAAUUUGACCAUUUGCAGGGGAUUCUUUUCUUUGACAGAAUGACUGAAGAGGUUCUUGAUAGUAUUCUUAUGGAGCUAAAGGUGCUAUAUUCUAGAUAGGAAAUGUUAUGUGUAGGAUUCUGAUGAAGUUUGCAGUUGAAGAAAAAAUGUUUUAAUUUUUGCUUUCCACUGAUUUAAUCUACAGGCAUUAGAAAAGAAGUAUGAGCAGAAGACUGGCCUUCCAAGCCCCGAAAAAAUAGAAACACGGAAGAGGAGGAAAGCUGCUGUUGGUUUUGGAAAAUCAUGAACAUAAUGACAGCCAUGAGGUUUCAUAUAGAAUUAAUUCAUUAAAUAUUCAUCUUCAGCUAAUUCAAUCAUUUAUGCUUUAGUCUUCUUAGGUUCUGUAGUAUAUUGCAGCUGGCUUGAUACUGAAGGAACUGCUCAGUCUAAGUUGCCAAGCGGUAACAUGAAUUGAAUAUGUGAACCAUGGAAAAUUUUUGAAGGUGCAAAGGAUAGGCACUUGAAUGAUGUUGUCAGUCUUAGAGAGAUAUGUGAUUGAUAUAUCUUGUGCUAUCUCAUGAUGCAAGUAAAAGUCAUCUAUAUGUAAUCUCAUUUAUUGAGAAAAAUAGGAAGAUAAAAGCCAACCUUAGAGCUUUUGACAGGUUCUGCCUUUUAUUCACAUAUAUAUAUACAUAUAUAUAUAUAUCCAUCUUUGUUACUAUUUGUACGGCAUGUUACUUUUGCAUACAGUGAAAAUUUCAGAAGCUUCACCUUAAGAUGAUUUUUGAGAUGUUUUUCUGCAAUUCUUUACUGUUAUUGGUUGAUCAACAGCCUGUAAUAUUUAGAAU